UCCCAUUUGCUGAGCCAAGUGCGUGAUGUGAUCGCUGUGAUCCGCAGCUAUUCAGUGGGUUCGUAUCCCAAAGGCAGUCCUUUCUCGCGGAUUCAAACUUUUAAGACUUUGAAAGAACAGAAAAUUCAGGAAAAGGAAACCGGAUGAGAAGGGAGGGCAAUGGAAAAGAGAAAAGUAGAGAUCGGGAUAUAAGGGAAGAGCGAUUUCGACCGGAUGGAAACAAUGAAGGAUCUGUGGUCACAUUAAAUGAAGAACUGCAAAUGAUAGCUGAAUACAGAAACUAUCGAGUUUCUGCAUACACAGAAUGAUAAUGGAAGUUUGCAUCUCAGGAUGCUGACUAAUGUUCAUCCUGAUGAUGAAGACUGUCAUUGAUGCUUCUCAACAAAAGGCUAUAAUGAGAUGAUUAUGGAAAUGACAGUAGCAACCAAAUGUGCUGAAUCUAUCAAACUUUCCCCACCUUCCCUUCUCUGUCCUCCAACACCAUUUUCUUCAGUCCCCAAUGUUGGUACUCCCCUAGUACCAAAUGGAAGCCUCCCAAUGACACUAAUACCACCACCACCACCACCACCACCUUUUGGGUCAUCAUCUUCUUCAAGUUCUGUUCGGAAAUCAAAAUUGAAAAAGGUGAACUGGAUCACAAUUCCAAAAGACAGGGUUUUGGGGAAAGACAACAUCUGGACAACGGACAAGUAUGAUGAUGACUUUCAGUUAAACACUUUAAUAAUGGAGGAGUUAUUCGAACAGGUGGAGAAUGUUUCACUCCAUGGCUGUAAACAUCGGAGAAGCUUUAAAAACAAUUGCCUAGAUCCCACCAGUGAAAGAAUAUCUCUCCUGGAUUCCAGAAGAAGCAUGAAUGUGGGGAUAUUUCUCAAACAGUUUAAAAGAUCGGUGUGGGAAAUUGUGGAAGAUAUUAAAAAAGGAACUGCUGAAGGAUAUGGGGCUGAGGAAUUGAAUAAGCUGCUGAAACUACUGCCAGAAGCUGAAGAGGUAAAACGCCUCAAAGAGUUUGAAGGAGACCAGAGUAAACUGUCUAAGGCAGACCUCUUUAUGAUGCUGUUGGUGAGAGUGCCAAGUUACUGCUUGCAUUUGGAAGCCAUGAUUCUUAAGGAUGAAUUUGAGCCACAAAUAAAAUCGCUUCAGACAUCUAUUUGUAUAUUGAUAAAGGCUGCACAUGAACUACGGAACUGUGAUGAGUUGCAUAAUAUCUUGAGGCUGGUGUUGAAAGCUGGAAACCACAUGAAUGCUGGAGGAUAUUCAGGAAAUGCUGCAGGAUUUCGGAUUGCAUCACUGUUGAAGCUUGCUGACAUAAAAGCAAACAAACCUGGCAUGAACCUGAUGCACUUUGUGGUCAUGGAAGCAGAAAAAAAGGACAAAAAGCUUCUUUCCUUCCCAGAUAAACUGGAACACAUUGGAGCAGCUGCCAGAUUAUCCGAAGAUGGUAUGACAGAGGAGCUAAAUAAGCUGGCAGAAAGACUUGCCUCUCUGCAGACAAAUUUAAAUGAAGAUCCAGAGCUUGAAGCACAGAUGGCUCCCUUUCUACAGUGCUUUAUACUUUGGGCAGGAGAGAAAGCGGUGGUCAGUGUCAAUGCUGCCCACAAAAGGUUGGCUAUCCAGAGGAGAAAGAGGAUGAAUAAUCUCAUCUUUGCCAACAGGACUGCAAAGGAAAAAUUGAAAGAGAUAUGGAAAACAAUGGAAUUGUUCCAGAGUAAAAGACUGUCCUUGGCAGAAUAUUUCUGUGAAGAUGAAAAGUUUAAACUCGAGGAAUAUUGUAUUGUUCUCAAAAGCUUCUGUGAAAAAUUCCUCAAAGCAAUUCAGGAGAAUACAAAUCGUGAAAUUGAGGAACUGAAGAGGCAACAGAGAGAUAAGGAAAUGGCAGAGAAGAGGCACUCAGUUGCUACUUGUUCCUCUAUCGAAAUUGAACUUGGUCAAGAUGAGUUGGAGAGGUCACUUGCCAGAAGUCUACGAAGUCAGAGUAUGAGGCAAUGGGAACGCAGGUCUUUCGAACAUGACUCUCGCUCUACUGCACAUUGCACAAAAAAGCCGUACUCCUCUGGGGGAGUAACAGAGGUGGAACGAGACCAUGACACAAACGGCAUAAUUAGUGACUUCAUUGACAAGGAACUGGCAAAUCUUAUGCGGAAGGUGUCUGAGAAAGUUCUGAAACAACAGCUGAGUCACUGUGUUAUGCAGGUAGGAUAUCCUAUUCCAAAAGAAAGGGUAAACAUUCUGAACCAGGAACCUGACACUAUCAAAGAAACAGCAAAGCUUGUACAAGAACCUGGAGAAUCCCAGCAAACUCUGCCAUUGGUCAAAGAAUAUCCAGAGCUGAGUCGCCCAGCUGAGUGCAGAACUCCAGUCAAAAGACUUAAAUCUUAUGAAAAUUUAUCAUUGAAAAAAUCACAGCCUAGUCACUGCUCAAAGUGGAAGAGAGAGUCCUUGGAACAAAGAGGGGAACAAGAUGCAGCUUCAAAAAGGAAACAAUUUCACCAAUCUUCACCCACUCCUAAAAAGACUUUGGGUGGAGUUGAAGCCAGAGUCGAUCAGAAGGAUCAUGUUGCCAAGAAACUUAUGACAGAGUUAAACAAAGGUGAAAGCAGGAGCUUGACUAUAAACAGAAAAUGCAAAAUGAACAGUGAUCCUACCAAGAUCCACUCAAUUCUGUCUCUGAAAGGCCAGAGGGCAACAUCUUUGCGACAUAAAGAACAUUCACCUGAAAAACUUCUCUCUCCCACAACAACUUUAACACGAAGGAAUUUGCCCAGUCCAGUACAAAGGAAAUCUAUCACAACAGGUAUUAAACAAAUGAGUAAAGCGAAGGAAAUAAAAGAGACUCUCAAAGUACCUGAGCAGGCAACAAUAACUGGGAGAAAAUCUAUCCAAAAUCAAAAGGCAAACUGCAGCUCUUCGCAGUCAAAUUUUACUAUAACUUCUACAGUCACCAGUUCCAAGAAUUUCUUAAACAAAUCAGAAACUGUGACAUCAGACUCCAGAAAUCCUCAUGCCAAACAACCUCUGCAACUCAAGAAACCAAACCCUGACAGAGUUACUAUGGUAGGUCAACACACCAGGCCCCUAAAACAGAACAGACAGCCAGUGUGGCGGUGAUACUAGCAGGCAGCUUGUAUGGCAAUGAUAGUAGUGUUGGGAGUUGAUUGGUAUGCUGUCUUUUCAGUCCAGUCACGCUGAACAAAAUUCUCAGCCAGAAAGAUUUUACUGGCUAAUGGGACGUUUGAGAUAUUCAUCAUAAGAUUUGGUACAAUGUUGCCUGUAACUAGACAUAAUGAAGAAAAGAAAUAAAAUGUGAAAGUGAGUCAUUAAAAUGGUUUGUUUUUCAGAAGAACACAAAAAAAGGAAAGGCCUGUUUUAGAAACUGUGAACAAGCCAUUUAUUCAGUUCCUUUUGCUUUGUACAGAAACAGGAUUAAAUAAAUAUUUUUCUGAUCUUA